AUGAGUCUCACUGUUCCUGUUCAUAGUGGAGCCAGACAAGAUUUAGAGAUGCUUCUUAUAAAGUUCCGGGACAAACAGUCGUUAAGGUGUUUCUCCUUUCCUUAAUUAUUUUUUUCAUUUAACUUUUCUUCAGGUUUACUGAUUUUGCAAUGGUUUUUCGCGAAAUGAAUUUUGUUGAUAUAUUCAACGGAAGGUAUAAUGUCGCUGAAAUGUACGAGGUUAGUGGAUAGAAAUUUUUAGAUCAUGCGUGCAAUUUUUUUUUCAGUUCGCUGAGAACUUACUUCAAUUAGCUGCUAUGUAUUUCAGCAGUGUUGGUGAUAACGAUAUUCCGCGUAGUUUAGAGGUCAGUUUUUAUAAAAAAUGUUGUCAAAUGAGGCUCGGAAUUAAGGAACGAACUUUCGGUAUCUACGCGACUUACGCAUUGUAUUAUACGCAAUUUGUGGACUGUAUCAGUCAUGUUUGUUAGAAAAAUGAUCGCCAAAAUUAUUUAGAAGUGUUCAGAUCAAAGUAACCCCUCCACAAAUCACCGAUUUGGUCUCGUUUUUGGAAGAACUGACGAAAGGAAGGCACCUCGAUGCUGUCGCCUGCGUUCACAAGCUUUUCGCGUCUUCCGCCUUCAAAAUUGUCGCUUUUACUAAAGAUGUUCGUUUUUGAUAUUUAUGCAAGUUUAAUGACAAGAAAAGGUAUUUUGAAACUUGAAUUUAGGUUCUUUUUAUUCAAUUGUUUUUUUUUGAUGUGAAACUUAUUGAGAAGCUCGAAAGCAGGAAAAUCAGAACGGUUUUCAUCUCCCAAUGAAAAUAUUUGUUUGAUUUAAUUACUAUUGUCAAGAUUUUGAGACUUCCGUUUGCAGUUUGGUAAGCAAUUUUCAAAACUUGAAGUCAUAGAAACAGGAAAAAGUCCAAAGGGUCUCAAAAAAGUCUUUGAAAAGAGUCAGAAGCUCUUUUUUGGAUACCUCAAAAGGUGUCAAAAGUCCCUCGAAUUCACCUUUUUUCGCCUCUAUUUUUUCUCCUUAAAGGUCUUUUUCAGAAUAAGGUCAAGAAAAAAUAGUACGUUUGAGGCCUUUAAAAGACCUUUUCGACUUUGCCUGUGAAUAAUUUUUCAUCCACGUUUUGUAUUUAUAGCUACUCUUUUCUCGUAUUUCGCGCAAUAUUAGUUUUGAAGUACGAUCCAUCGACACGCACGCGUACAAUGGCCUUCCCAGAACUAGAAUCGGAUUUCGUUUCGAAACCCGAACCGCCUUUUCAACAUCUUAAAGCGGCCCUCAACGACCUGACUGUUCGGGAGAUGAAUUACCUUCAUCAACCUUAUAUUGAUGUUUGAAAUCCAUUAAUUGAAUGAAAAAGAAACACGAAAAGAUUUUUUCAGGGUUUGCGGCGUGUUGGUUUAAAAUCCGUCUACCAGGGUAAAAAUCCACUGGAAGAUUUGCAAAAGUUUGUUAUCGACUUUUAUUGUUACAUGGACCAUUUUUCAGAAUUUUGACCGAUCACGAGAAGAGAUUGGCGGAUUUCCAGAAACUACGCGCCGGGAUUCCGAUGAAUGAAGAGGUAGUGCGUCUUGAUCAUGACAGUAUAUUUUUUUAAGAUCUAUUACAAUCUUAAAAGUUGUUUUUUGAUUUUUCGCAAUACUUCAAAUCGACUUUGAGCUCAUUUUUUCCCCUAUUUUGCCUAAUAACUAACGAAACAUUGCAGCAUGGAAAAACAGGCUUAAUAAUUUUUUAAAUCACUUUCAGAUCGAUAUCGACCUUGAGGCGGACAUGCCGUCAACUUCAGCCGGCAAAAGUCGUUCUGGAAUCCGCGAAAAGGCUUAUUCAACAAAAACAAAGACUAAUCGGAAUCGGCGCUAUGCGGAUCCUAAUAUGGAAGGUGAAACAUGAAAGUUUUUUUUUUUCAAAAAUUAAGACCUUUUGGUGGGGGAGGCUAUAUCUUAUUCUAGAAUCCCCCCACAGUGCUAAAUGAGGGACUAUUCUAGAAAGUGAUUUUCAAGAAUUGCCCCAUUUUCAACUCCGAGUUUAUCCUAUGCUUCUCCAGAAAAUUUCGCCGACCUGAACUUUGACCCGGCGCAGUUGGCUAUUCAAAUAUUACAAGAAGAACCGAUACGUGGACGGAAACUCAAAAAUCCUAUCAACACGGCGCAAACCGCAGGGUUUACCUUGAGCAAGUUGAAAAACAAUAAAGUGAUCAAUUUUUCCAGAACAUGGGUACCAGGCGACCCGUUCAUGGGCAUGGAGACGAGACAGCCGCGGAAGAAGGCAUACGUCAGUUUGAAUUCAAGAAAAUCGUCUGACUAAUCUUUUGGUUCAGCCGAGGAAAAAGAAAGGGCCUCCGAAACAAGUUCCACUGAAUCAAGAAUACGAUGAGGGCGAAAGCGAGGCCUAUCAGUUGCUCGUCGAAGAAGAUGCGAGGAUUCUGACGAGUGGAACGGUCAAGAGAGAAGUUGAAGAAGGUUUGAAAAAGAAUAAAUUUGGUUUUUUUAAAGAGUUGGCGACUUUUUUCAAAGCUCCUUUUUUGCUGCCUUUUUGCGCUAUUACAUAGGCUUUUUCGCAUCAUUUUUUGCUGCCUCUCUCUUUUUCCACCAUUUCUUGAACCUCCAAAGUUCUAGAAAAAAAUGGAAGGCUCCAAAAAAGGGACUCUUUUUGCUGCUUUUCUCUGGUAUUUUUUGAGCCUCUCCUUUUAAGCUAAAUCCACCAUGACCGAGCAAUAUUUUGAAAAUUGAGCUCAGAAAACCGUUCAGAAUUUCAAGCCAAAAAAUAUAAGUUCAAGAACAGCCAAAAUCGCGAAAUAAAAUCUCCUAAUUUUUUACUUUGGAUUUUUGUUCUUUUCAAGAGGGCCUUCAAAGUCCCGCAAAAAUAAUUUAAAAAUUCAUUCCCUCUCUUUCCACGGAACGCAUCUUCCCGAAAAUUCGAAGUUUUUGAGUCAAUUUUCUGGGAGUAAUUCAGAAACUGAGUUUUCAUGGACGCCUUCUGCGCAAUUAUUUCAUCAUCAGAGGUUUGCAUCUUCAGAUGCGCCGAUCGGAGGAAAGAAAGAGAAAAGUUCGACAGGAGCCCGUGUCACGGCGCCAAAACGUAAAAUCGGGGCAAAAAUUGUUCAUGUCAGCCCGAAAAAACAGCCGAUGAUGGAGCAGACUGUAAGGUACGUAUCGUUAUAAAUUUUUUGAAAUGUACACUUUUUCGAUUUUUGAAAAAAAAAACGUUUACGAGAUUGUGCAGAUUUUUCAGAAUAACUUUUAAACUGACAAUAUCUUCAUGCUGACUUUUAAUUUUGUAAGAUUUGUAAAUAAAAGAUUUUACCGUGCAUAGUCUUCAGCAAAUUCCAUAGCUACUUUAAAUUUGAUUGAUAAACGGCUAGUUCAAAAUUUCAGUAUUUUUAUUCGGAAGUUUCAGUGUCGACUUGCUGGGCGACAACUCUGGAGAAGUGCAAGAAGUCGAGGCGAAGUCAAAAAAAAAGAAUCGUAGGAAGAAUGAAGUCGCUGUGGCACCCACCUUGAGCACUGUGUUGAAUUCACAGUUCAUGGGUUCGAUUUUUCUUUCUGCCAGUGGAUUUUGGAAAGGAUGUUUCACAGAAAAAAAGUGAAGCUUCCGCUUUUUCUUAGGAACUCCAAAGUGUUUUAUCUAGGGGCAACCUUAGGGGCCCUCUUCCCUAUAGGAAAAAGGUGGUCCUUAUAGGGCUUUUAAUUAGUGGCCACUAUGGAGGCCGGACUAAUCUAUUACCUUUAUGAAAAUACGCUUUUCUACGCGUAAACACCCCUCUAGGGGCCAAAUUAAAAUUUUAUCCUUGAAGGAGCCAUUUUUUUUCUCUCUUGUAGGCAACUAGCCCCUCACAGUGAGUAUGUAGUGUGAUUUUUAUAAAAAAAAAUUUUCGAGUAUUGCAAAAAAAAUAUCAAAUUAGUGAUCGAUUUCAGAAGAAUGGGACGUGAAGCUGAAAAAGACGUCGAAGGAACGGGAAGCCGACAAACUUUUGGAACUUCUGCAGGCCAACGAAACGCGAGCCGCCAAAAGAACCUUCGAAGACUAA